CAUAAAUAAAAUAACUCGAAUGGGUUGAGCAAAUAGCAAAGAGGCUACUAAAAGGCCUACUAAAAGUAGUGGUGGAUACAGCACAAGUGUCGCCAAAUCAAAGGGCGCCAGCUCUAGCAGACCUACCAAGGCCAAUUACAGCAGCACUAAAAAGAAGACGACCACAAGUGGUUCCAAAGCCAAAUCAUCAAGCAGUCCAGGCUAUGGAGGAGGAUACGCACAUUAUGGAGAUGAUGGAGGAUAUGAUGAUGGAGGAAAUGACGGAGGUCAUUGAGAUGGAGGAAACGAUGGUGGAGGAGCUGUUGGCUGCGGUGGAGGCGGCGGCGGCGGCGGUGGCUGCGAUGGAGGUGGCGGCGGAGGUGCUGCUGCUGGUUGAGGAGGUGGAGGAGGAGGCGGCGGAGGAGGUGAUGGAGGAGGUGGCGGCGGUGGCUGCGGUGGUGGUGGCUGCGGAGGCGGCGGCUGCGGCGGUGGUGGCUGUGGCGGUUAA